GGCAGUUCCAUGAAGUGUAUUCACGGACGGCGAUGAUGACGAGCGGCGCUGAUUGCCUUUCGCAAGAUAGCGUCGGGCGAAUUACGAUUUCAACUUUGACGAACAGGCGAUAUAUUCGCUCUGCCCUUUCGCUUUUUUCGCGUCCUCCGACCCGCCCGUUGAAAAUUCGCGCCUGUGCAUAGUCUUUGCGCGGAAUCUACUGCCGCGAAUAACUCGCUUGCCGUUUGGUGUAAACGCAGCAUAACAUCUGUCUGGUCGUGUGUUUUCUUCGUAUGUAGCCAUCGUACACGAAGCAGGUGACGCUACCAUGGAUACAGCUCUUUUGAACUACAUUUCCCAGCCGCCCCCUCCCCCUCAGCUGUUCGCUAUUACGACAUGUCGUGAAAAAUCUGUCCACAGCUAAACCGAGAUGGGCACCGCGAAAGACGCCUGACAGUUUCCCCCCUUAAUCCUCAGAUGUCAUUUUAAAUGUUAAUGUAGUGGUGCCGCACGAGACCGGUUGUGAAGAUGGAGGCCAUGGAAGAUGAUAGUUUUGACGACCAUAACCACAACUAUUGUGCGAGCAGCGGAGGCGGUAGUAGUAGUAGUAGUAGUAGUAGCAGCAAAGCCCGCACCUAUCCGAGGAGCCAGCUCUCCGAUGUGACCUGUCCGCCGGUGCCUGGGGGAGAACCCGCCACCCGACGAGGGAAACACUUGCCCAGCAGUACCGGGUCAAAGUUCAUGGACUCGGAUUCAGGUAGUGAGAGCAGCGAAGUCAGCGAGACUGACUGCACGGUUCCGCCCACCGCCGAGGGAAAAUUCAGCCUCGAUUCCACCUCCAAGUUCCUUCUUAAUGCAAUGGCUGUAGAGGACUACCGCAAGAACCACUGGCCCAACCUGGAGAAGGCGAUCGACCGUCUGCUCAUCCAGAAUCCCACGGACCACAUCUCUGUUUCUUACGCACAGAUAUACAGUUACGUCUACAAGUGUGUUUGUCAGCAGCACUCUGAGCUGCUCUACCACGACUUGACCAUGAAAAUAACAAAUCAUCUACAACAGGUUUCUACUCGUCUACAGGCCAGCCCACCUGAGGACUUCAUUGAGAACUUUAAUGUUGAGCUGACGCAAUACACUGCCUCUCUUCAAUGUAUAGUUCCUGUUUUUAUGUACUUGAACAAGUUCUACAUCGAGUCCAAGCUGAACAGAGACCUGCGAGAGGAUCUGAUGAAGCUGUUUGCCGAUCAUGUAGCACAAAUACACGUGGACACACUUAUGCCUCUCCUCCUCAAGGCGCAUUCCAUGCCGUUCCAAGUACAGCCAUCCACAAUGGCCAGCGUGGUUAAAGGCCUUCACAGCCUGCGACCAGACUGGGCUCAGCUAGCUCCGGCUCUCUUCUCUGGGUUUAUUCCCCAAAUAAACCCUCCUGCUGUCGAGUCCUUGCUGCCCGACUACGCCGCUCAUGACCAGAAGUUGCAGCUGGAGCUCUCAAUGAACGGAUUUCCACGAGGGGACCAGUCUCGUAAAAGGGCGAGCGACGACCCCUGAGAGCGGUGCGGCCCGUCCUCAGAUGCGCUGCAGAUCUCUCACUGUGCCUCCUACAUCAUCUUUAUCACAAGGGCUCUGGAGGCUCACUGGACUCUCCACCAUGUUGACGACGCGCCGGUUACUUCUCCUGACCCGCUUGUUGUUGCAACACACUGUGAACAAAAAAAGAGAACACGAUGUUGAGUUGUAUAGCAGAAGCUUAAUUAAGGCACCAAAAAAGGAAGCACACAGACUUCCAUGGCGAUGCUUUCCUCUGCGAUUCUGAUGCAUCCAGCUGCCGUAUUUGUGCGUGCUGAGGUGAGUGUCUCCAUGUUCUCCUCAUUUGAAGAGUGCCUUCAUGGUGCCUUCUGAUCGGAUAUCCAUGAAUAAGCUGAUAGGUAUUUCAUUCUAAACCUUUUACAUGAAGUGUCUUUUUAAUAUACUGGGCUAUUCUAAGACUUUCUAUUGCUGCUAAUAACAAUGUCCAAGUGAUUAAUCUACAAACCCCCUCAGUGUCACCCUCUGUGUCUGUUCCUACUGGCUUGGCUCAACACGAAUCAGUGUGACGAGACCGAAGGAUAAGAGGGACUUGGUCAUCAGCCUCAACUCGGAGGCUCUUCUUCAUGUUGCCUUUACUUUGUUGGUGAACCGGAUUGUUUUUUCCUGUUACGCCAAAGAGGAUUUUCAUUUUUAUUUCAAUAUCUAAUGCAUUGGAUUCCUUCUGACAUUCUUAAUGUCGCACACCGCCUGAGCCAUUUGAUUAUUAUUUUUUUUUAACUAGAGAGGGUUGAUCUGACAUUGACCUGUUUUUUUGACUUGAAUCAAAUUCUAACUUUUGGUUUCCUGUGUCUGUUUAAGCCUUGCAUGUAGAUUGCCACAUAGGACAUUAAACUGUUUGCCAGACAGCUCGGACAACCACAGAGCGGUGUUUGACAAUUUCUAAACCUUACUACAGGUUUGUUUGACGACCUGCCUGUGUCGUCCCUAAACUGUAAAUAUAUCAAAGUUGAUGCUUGGAUUCAUGGAGUUUACACAACCCAUGAUUGUUUGGGUCUGGCGUGUUGGGGCGCUACAUGUGCAGCCACAUGCUGUGCAGGCUGUUCUUGCUGUAGAUAGCUUUUGGUCUUUUCACAGUGGUCAGUGUAAACUAACUUUUGUUAAAUGAUUCACUUGAAUAGAAGUAUUUGAUACACGGUCUUACACUGUUUUAAGUGUAAAUAGAUGCUCAGGCUUGCUUUUGGUUCCGUCUGUGGGUAUUGGGAAAGUUUUCCAUUGUCUUUCAAAUAAAAUAAUUUCCUUUAUCCUCCGUA